CCUGCCCCGUCUUGUGCCUCUCGUUCAACUUGCGCUAUCGAUGGCUGGUUCUGGAUAGAGGUCGCCCAUGACGAUGCUUAAAGGAUUGGUUCCGCGGAAGCAAAUUUUGUACCAAUAUUUGAUGAUCCACAAGUGCCACAUCGGAACAGGCGCCCACCAGGCAUUCGGUACUAGCUCAGCCCUGUCGGAAUUGCGAAUUUGGGUUCUAGUCCCCGCCUUCUCAAUUUACUUAUUUUCGCUUUGACCCUCCGCUUGUAUUUAAUCCCCAAUGCCUCCACGCAGGUUAAACGACAUUCCUUUUCCUUCCUUUUCACUUGUGUUAAGUCAGUAUUCGACAAACAAGAUGAGGCUACCGAGCUACAGGAAUUCCUAUUUACUGCGUUUCCACCCUUACCCGAGAGUAAAGUUGAGCCAGCGUGAGAUGAUGCAAACUAUAGAUGAUCGUCUCAGCAGCGAGUACGACGCUGUUGAAGAUGAUGACAGUGCUGGGCCCGCGCUUCUCAUCUUUCCUGACCUCCCUGAGGAGCAGCAUCCCAAUGCCGUGAAUCUGGAGGAAGCCAUGAAAGAUGCCGAGGCAGGCGCCCAACCUCUCGUCAGGCGUCUAAGCUUGACCACUCUGAUCAUCGACCUUGCAUCACUAGUAGCGAGGACGCUAACUUUGAAAACCAAGUAGCCGCACAGGCGUUACUCGACGCUAAAAUUUAUGCUUUAAUAAGCUGGUACCCAUCUACUAAUUCCGGUCAUGCUGUUGACUCUCCUUCAACUUGUA